AGCUGCAGCACCGCCCUAGGCCGCCUCGUUGGGAAUUUGAAAAGACCCGGUGGGGAGGCUGGGGUCGUGCGGGCUUCGGAGACGUGGGGGAGACGUUUUAGGAAACGCUUUGUACUGCGUGAUCGGGGUGCGGGCUGCCUGUAAAAGGCUGGGAAGGAACGCAGUCCGUGAGCACCCGCCCUUCUCUAAGGAGACAGACACUCUGGAGCUGACAGCCUCAGCGCGAGCGCGCUCACGCCCGCGUCUCUGCUCUUCACCUGCGUCCGGGCGGAGCUGGACGUAGAGGCAUGCACUCCAUGCUACUCAAGGACUAUCUUCCAAGGAGGCAGUACUUCAUCUAAGAGGGGAGCCAGAUUUUCGAGCGGUUAAGUCACACCAUCCUUCAGGAGCCCCCAGAUUUGGUGCCUCAAGGACCCACCCAAGUCCAGCUGGCAGAGGUCUAUGGUCAGAGAAGGAUCACACAACGGUGAAGCCUGUCAUCAGGGUGCUGACAGUUUCUUCGCCAGAAGCAGACCAGCCCAAGCAGGCGGGCGCCAUGCUGCAGCGUCUCCUCAUCACCCUGCCCGCAGAGGCCGGCACCUGGGUGAAGCUGCACCACCCCAACAAGGCCAAGGAGGGGGCACCUCUGUGGGAGGAUGUGACUAAGUUGUUUGAAAGAGAAGCUCUGCUAUCUAAAGAUGCUGAUGAGGCCCAAGGAGAAAGUUUAUUGAAUGCAGUAAUUCCUGGACCUCUGAUAGCAGAACCUCAGGACCUGUUGACCUUCAAGGACAUCUCUGUGGAUUUUACCCAGGAGGAGUGGGGGCACCUGGCCCCUGCACACCGGAAUCUGUACCGGGAGGUGAUGCUGGAGAACUACGGGAACCUGGUGUCAGUGGGUUAUCAACUUUCCAAACCUAGUGUGAUUUCCCAGCUGGAGAAAGGCGAAGAGCCUUGGAUGAUGGAGAAAGAAGGUCUGGGAGAUUCCAGUGCAGACUUGAGGAGUAAAGCAGAAACAAAUGAACCAACUGCAAUGAGUGGCAUUUUGCAAGAGCAGUUCUAUCAUGAUAUGAUGGAGAGAUUUGUAAAGGAUGAUGUGAUUUACUCCACAUUGAGAAAAAUCUCCAAAUAUGACUGUGAGUUAGAAAGACACCAGGAGACCCAUGGAAGAGAUGUGAGACAAGCUAUCUUGACCCACAACGGGAGAGACCAUGAAAGUAAUGAAUUUGAGAAUAUUGUGAGUUCAAAUCUUAUUAUAGAACAAAGGCACCAUAAGUGUAACACACCUAAAAAGAGGAACAAAUACAAACUAGACUUGAUUAGUCAUCCAACAAGUUACAUACGAACAAAAACCUAUGAAUGUAAUAUAUGUGAAAAAAUCUUCAAACAACCCAUUCACCUCACUGAACACAUGAGAAUACAUACUGGUGAGAAGCCUUUCAGAUGUAAAGAAUGUGGAAGGGCUUUUAGUCAAAGCGCAUCCCUUACCACACAUCAGAGGAUCCACACUGGGGAGAAGCCCUUUGAAUGUGAAGAAUGUGGCAAAGCCUUCAGACACCGCUCAUCUCUCAAUCAGCAUCAUAGAACCCACACUGGGGAGAAACCUUAUGUUUGUGAUAAAUGUCAGAAAGCUUUCAGCCAGAACAUUAGCUUGAUCCAACAUUUGAGAACUCAUUCUGGAGAGAAACCCUUUACGUGCAAUGAAUGUGGGAAAACCUUCCGACAGAUUAGACACCUUAGCGAACAUAUAAGGAUUCAUACUGGGGAGAAACCCUAUGCCUGCAAUGCAUGCUGCAAAACCUUCAGUCAUAGGGCAUAUCUAACACAUCACCAGAGAAUCCACACUGGGGAGAGACCCUACAAAUGUAAGGAAUGUGGGAAAGCCUUUAGGCAGAGGAUACACCUCAGCAACCACAAAACUGUGCAUACUGGAGUAAAAGCAUAUGAGUGCAACCGCUGUGGGAAGGCCUAUAGGCAUGACUCGUCCUUUAAGAAACAUCAGAGACAUCACACUGGAGAAAAACCUUAUGAGUGUAAUGAAUGUGGAAAAUCCUUCAGCUAUAAUUCAUCACUUAGUCGGCACCAUGAAAUACACAGGAGGAACCCCUUUCGAAACAAUGUGUAAGGACAUUUUUGGACAUGAAAACAAAAGCCAAGUCUAAAGUAGGGUUCUUGUGCUUUAAAUUUUAAGCACUAUAAAUUUGAGGAA